UAUGCUUUAAACGUAAAUUUGUUGUUUACAUCAAUAUUUAAACUAUCCAAUUAUGCUGAGCUGACAAAGAAUUUACAGUUAUACACUUGAAAACUUAUAAAAGACAAAUAGCAAUUCGCAAGAGUGAUUAGUGAAUAAAUAUUCAACCAUGGAAAAUAUUAUGCGAUCUAUGCAAGGAUGCAAUGCUAUUCGUUACGCAUCUUAUAGAGCUGCUGCAAAGAUGCAAAUAUUACAUAAAGAAUUGAAUAUGCAAUAUGUACAAUUGGAAUUAAUAGCAGGAGUAUUUGAACGUCAUAGACUUUCCAUUACUGAAAACUGUGUUAAUUUAGACUCUAGUGAGAUCGAGGAUGUUUUAUCUGAUAUUUAUUUUGCGGCACAAAAAGAAAGCAAUUUCAAUUUUGAUGUUGAUUUUGUAACAAAGCUUGCUACAAAUUACAUUUUGAGUACUUUUGACAAACAAAAUACUGGAAAUAUUUUAGUGUUUUCAGUUAAAGUUGCAUUGAUAUUAUUAAGUAAUGGUAAAUUACAAGAAAAGUAUGGAUAUUUGUAUCAGCAACUAGCUGAUCAUAAUGCAUGUUUAUCUAGAGCUGGUUUGCAUACCUUAUUAACAAAUAUCUGUAAAAUAACAGAAAUGCUUGGAGAAACUAUAACGUAUGGAUAUGAACAGAUUCAGACACAUAUAGAUGCCUGUUUUGUAAAGUCUCAAGGAGGUCUUGGAAUUACUGAAGCAGAGUUUGCUGCAUGGAUCAUGCAGGAACCUCCUCUGCUUGUUUGGAUAACAACAUUCAAUCGAAUAAAAUCUGCAGAACAUAUUGUACAUAAUAUCAGAUGUUCUUCAUGUAAAGUGACACCGGUACAGGGACCAAGAUAUACAUGUUUGAAAUGCACUGGAUACCAUCAGUGCCAAGAAUGUUUUCUCUUAGGCAAGACGUCAAACAAGCACAAGUUGAAGCAUCCAAUUCGUGAAUUUUGUGUUAAGACUUCACAUCGAGAAGUUACAAAACUGAUUAUUGAAUUAAUUAGAAAUAAAUUGAGAUUGUGUCCUACUAGAACAAUCCCAAUAGAAGAUCCAGUUACAGAUGUUACCAGUAACGAAAUAAGACGUGUAGAUUAUGGUUCAGUAAGGAGUACUGUUAAACGAAAGAUUCUCAGUGAUCCGCAAAAGGAAUUACAAAGUAUUAUAAUGCAUUUGGAAGAAGAAAAUCGACAACUGCAAAUUGAAUUGCUCGACAUACAAGGCACCAAAGCAGAAAGGCUACAACGUCAUAGAGCAACUAUCGAAUCUCAAUUGCAGCGACUAAAAACGCUUAAGAAAUAUUUAUUUACUGAUGUGACUCAAGUACCACAGAUUACUCGUAUGCAAAGCACCCCAAUGUUACCACCUUUAACAUCUAGACUUACAGCAUUGCCUCUUGAAUUUGAAUUGAGUCCAAUUAUCAGGCAAGACUCUACAGAUCAACCAAAAACACUUCACAGCAAAAACAAAUUGACACCGGAUUUUAAUACCACAUCAACAAUAGAGCAUACAGAAAGGAAAGAUGACGUCAAUGCUCUUUCUUGUACCCAAGAAGCUUCUACGAGUUCUGGAUUCGGUAAUUUAUCAGAAAACAGUCGCAUGGAACUAAGUACUUGGAUUGGAGGAAGAAGGAGAGAAUUGAGUACAGCUGACAGUGGUUUUUCUCAGUGGUUGGCUGCUGGCAAUUCAAAUUGUAAAGAUAAUUAUGUGGCUAAUGCAACAAUUAAUAAUGCAAAUAAUGAUUCGUCGCUCGUAGCUUCUCAGUCUCCUACAGGCAUUCAUAGAGAUAAUACUCCAUCUUCCUUGCAACGGCCUGAUAAACAUUCGCAACAUAGUAGUUUGCAAAAUAUUCAAGGAGAUCUUAAUGAUAUAUUAGAUAGACUGCAAAAUAUGGUUGCUAAUGACUGUUUGCUCGAUGAAUCGUACGACGGCAAUGACAAUUGUAAAUUAAAACGUGCCACAACUGAAAUGGAAGAUCUAUUAACUGGCCUUAUCGAAGGUAUGGAAUCUCGUAAGAGUAAACUUACUACUAUUGUUUGAAGCGAUUAAUACUUCAAAUCUAAAACUUUAAUAUUGUACAUUUAAAAAUUUUUAUAUUGCAAUGACUUUUUCUUUUAUGCAUAAUCUCAAAUCUUUUUUAACUCUUAUUAUUGGCAUAAAUAUGAAACGACAUAUAAACGUGCCAUUUUAUGACAUUAUGCAUUAUCCAAAGAAAGAACAUAGAACAUAAUCCUUAUUAUUAUAAGCAAUAACUUGUGCACAAAGAUUUAGAGAAUUACAGUUAUAUUUAACACAAUAGUGAAAUAUUCAUAUUCAUUAUUUGAUAGACUAAAGUAUUUUUUGACACUAUAUGUAUUUGUAUAUCUGUGCAAUCAUGAAAGAAAUCUAUUUUGAGAUUCCUAUUAACAAAGAAUUAUAUCUGAUGAUUGUCUAUAAAAAAAAAUGGAUAAGUUUUAUAUAUACAUAUACAUAUG